GCCUCAACACCGCCUUUCCAACAUCACAGGAGCUGCCUGAAUUUUCCAGAUAAACCAUGCAGUGUGAAGAGACCAGGCUGAGCAAAAACUCCUUGCUGCGUGCGCUGAAGCGCUACAGCACUGCAGUCAAUAACAUGGAAAAGACCAUCCUGCUGCCCAGCCUGCUAAGAGACGUCCAGUCUGAAGACGACAUGGACUGUGAGGCUGUAGAGAACAGCAAGGACCUGUAUGAAUACUAUCACAUGCUGAAGGUGAUCAGGAACACAGCAGAGAGUGGACCGUUGCCCUACGAUGAUGGGCACACAAAGACUCAAGCAUCUCUGUACACAAGCCUGGAGCCGCUGCUGGAGGCUGACCCAGAGGCGUUCUUCUACUUCCACCUGAGAGGCCUGUUCUCUGUCAUGGGUACACUCACGAAGAAAUCACAGAAUCUUACACACAAAUACCUGGACAUUGUGGGCGUUGGAAAUUAGAUGACUAAACCUCAACAGUUUGGCAGCCGUAUUUCAGCAACAAUAUCAAAGCUGUAAUAUAUGACAUGAAAAUUCCACUACAUCUUUUCUUGUGCAUCUGUUUAGAGAGUAGUGUCAAGUGCAAUAAAAUCAUUGUUAUCA